GGGGGAGGCAGUGGCGACAGGUCAGCGCCAAGGUCAUGCAGUCAGACCUGCAGUCAGACCCGUGGAUCCGCUUGCUUUCUGGGGUUGGCUCCUCAGAGCCCAGCAGAGAAGCCUACAGGUUCCCUCAUUUAGGGUGCAUCUGGGCUCACUUCUACCCUCGGCUACAGCUGGGGGGGGGGGUUGUCUGCUGGUCUCCCAGUUCCCCACUGGUCACAUCUCUCUCGUCCUCAGACUUUUCAGCCUGCCAGGAACUCUGUGCUCUGUCACCUUCCUUGGUCUCCCCAUCCCUCUCCUGGCUUAGAUUUGCUCCAUUGGCUUCCAUGCAAUCUUUAGGUCCUCUUUUCAAGUUCACUGAAGGUCUCAUUUACUGUGCACAUACUGUGUGCUGAAUGUUGUUGUGGGGUUUUUCAGCAGUCACCCAACAAACACCCGAGUGACCACCUACUCUGUGUGGGCCCUGGGGAUACAGCUGUGAAAACAGCAGUCUCUGCCCUUCAGAAUCCAGUGAGAAAUAAACAAUAUUAGAACAUGCUUCUGUGGUUUUUAAUAACCACCUUCAGGACAGAGAUUAGUGAUUUGCCCAAGGUCACACAGCUGCUUAGGGGUCAUGGUGGGAUCUAGAAGGGAGGAUGGGGAAUCUGAGGAAUUUGUUAAACAGCUAAUAUGAGAAUGGCUUGGUGAUACUGUCUUUGCUUCUAGAACAAGGUGUGAAACUUUUUCUAGAUCCAGAGAGUAAACUUUUUUCUUGGAGACCUACGUGGCCUGUCACAAAUAUUCAACUCUGACCGUGGCGCUGGACAGCCACACAUACAUAGAUAAUAGUAAAUGCAUGGGCGUGGCUGAGUUCCAAUAAAACUAUUUGUACUAGUCAAGAAGUAGUACUUUUGAUUUUUUGCAACCAUUUAAAAAUGUACAAACCAUCCUUAACUGGAGGACCGUGCAAAAACAGGUUGCGGGCUGGAUUUAGCCUUGCAAGUCAUAGCUUGCCAACCUUUGUUCUAGAAUGUCUGGGUUCUCCUUCCUGUUUCUUUCUGGCUUGAAUCAGUGCUCCUCCAUCCAGUCAAAUACAUGAACCCAGUGGACCCAAUGCGUGGCAAGCGUGUCUUAGCUUCUUCCCUCUCCUCUUCCUUUUCCUUGGUUUCUCUCAUCUUGCCGAACUUGGCGUUUGAGAAAUCUGGAUGAUUGGGCCCCUGUAGUGGCCUGGUCUCUACUCACAUGGUUUUAUAAAUGGUGUCUUUUGAUUGCCACACACCCAGGAAAUGCUUUCCUCUAUGAAAAGAAUGGGCAUGGACCGUUGGAAAAAAGCACUUUAUCCUUGCACUUGAUUUGAAACAUUUUCAAGCACUUUCAUUUGUAAGCGCAUGAGGGCAUAGCUUUUUCCUGCUUUUACCUGCGUGGGCCGGCCUGGACAGUCUGUGGUGCCUAGUAGGUUCCAACUGGUCUUGACAAACCACCUCGUUCUCAUAAAGCCACAGAAAGGGUGCAGAUAUUUUGUAGUGGGGUAUUUGCAUAGUCCAAGUCCUAGCUUAGCCAUUCCAUGAAAGAGAGGUAACUAAGGUUCAGAGUGGCCCCCUGACUUCACCCAAGUCACGUGAUUGGCCGGUGGUGAUGGCAGCACUAACGCUUAACCACUCAACUCUGCGUGGCCCCCAAACGUCUUCAGGCCUUGCCAUGUAGGGUUCCCAGUUUUGCUUUUGGAAGAGUUUGUGAUUAGUGCCUGAGACUUCGUUUCCCAAGCCAUAAUCAUUCCCUUAUCACUUCAAGGAUUUUUGAAUUUGUGAGCUAUCACUUGUACCAGAUUUAUUUAAUACUUUUUCCUAUAAAUGGGCUCGCUUAUUUUUUUUUUUUUUUACUUAAAAUCAUUUGAAAAGGAAACUUUAUGUCACUAGCAUAAUGGAAGACCAGAAUCACUUGAUAUGAGCAGAAGGCAACCGGAAGAAUAAACAGGAUGAUAGUAAUGCCACGUGAUUAGUUAGGUCCCAGGCUCUGAGCUGAGGUUUGCUCUCUAUUUAAAAAAGAAAGAGGGGGUGGGGGGGAUUUGCAAGUGUUAGAAACCCGUUAACACAUGAUGAUACCAAAGGGAGACCUCCUGGAAAGGGAAAUGAAAAAGAGGGUAACUUUCUCCCUCUUGAUUUAAAGUUCUGAGUUUGAGUUCCUCUCUGGGAUAUAUCCCAGACUGGGAUGUGGAGUUCCUAAUCUCCCUGGUUUACUUGGCCCAUUCAUUUGGAAGCCACUGUGUCUCUUCCCUUGAAGAGGGGGAGGGAAUCUGUGCCUUGGAAACCUGUGAGAAGAAGUGGGGGUGGGAGGUGGGGCUGAAAAGGGAGGUAGCCCCACCCCCUCCGCCCUCCCCAGGACCAGAUUAUGGCUUCCUUUUGGGCUCCCUGUGUUUGUGGGUGGUCAUAGGAACUCCCCACCAUCACCAUUGGAGCAGAAUUGUAAGGUAGGGCCUCUGGGAGGGUGCGGGAGCCAAGUGACAUCCACUCUGUGCCUGCCUGCAUGUUAGCUAGUCAUGUCCUUUUGGGUUGGCUUUAUGGCUAUUUCUGUAUAGGAAGGUUUGCUCUUCCCAAGCGUGGCUGCAUUGGAUAGCAUGACUAUCUAUCCACCCGCUCUGAUUCAUAACAGCAUACGGUGCAAAUCAAAUCGAAAUGCUAAAGUUUCCCAUUUAUUCGGUGUUGGUUAGCCAGGAGGCUACCAGCAGCCCCACAGAUAGCAGCACCUUGUUAGGGAGUCAGCUCCCUUCCCAGGAUGGGCAGUUGGAACCUUUAAACGAGGGUUUUCUUUCUAGAAUCUCCGAUCUGCUGCUGUGCAGAUGGACUUUCAGGCAUUGCUGUCAGAAGUGUUAUGAGUCCAGCUGUUGCCAGUCGAGUGAGGACGAAGUUGAAAUUCUGGGACCUUUUCCUGCCCAGACUCCCCCCUGGCUGAUGGCCAGCCGGAGCAGCGACAAGGAUGGGGAUUCCGUCCAUACAGCCAGUGAAGUCCCUCUGACCCCAAGGACCAACUCCCCAGAUCGAAGAUGCUCGUCCUCAGACACAUCUAAGUCUACCUACAGCCUGACCCGGAGGAUUUCAAGUCUUGAAUCCAGACGACCCAGCUCCCCACUCAUUGAUAUUAAACCCAUCGAGUUUGGCGUUCUCAGCGCCAAAAAGGAGCCCAUCCAGCCCUCGGUGCUCAGACGGACCUAUACCCCAGAUGACUACUUCAGAAAGUUCGAGCCCCAGCUCUACUCCCUUGACUCCGACAGUGACGAUGUGGACUUUCUGACAGACGAAGAGAUCUUGUCCAAGUACCAGCUGGGCAUGCUGCACUUCAGCACCCAGUACGACCUGCUGCACAACCAUCUGACGGUGAGGGUGAUCGAGGCCAGGGACCUGCCGCCCCCCAUCUCCCACGAUGGCUCGCGCCAGGACAUGGCCCACUCCAACCCCUAUGUCAAGAUCUGUCUCCUGCCAGACCAGAAGAACUCUAAGCAGACGGGGGUCAAACGCAAGACCCAGAAGCCCGUGUUUGAGGAGCGUUACACCUUCGAGAUCCCCUUCCUGGAAGCGCAGAGGAGGACCCUGCUGCUAACUGUGGUGGAUUUUGAUAAGUUCUCCCGCCACUGUGUCAUUGGGAAGGUCUCCGUGCCUUUGUGCGAGGUUGACCUGGUGAAAGGCGGGCACUGGUGGAAGGCGCUGAUCCCCAGUUCUCAGAAUGAGGUAGAGCUGGGGGAGCUGCUUCUGUCGCUGAAUUAUCUCCCAAGUGCUGGGAGACUGAACGUUGACGUCAUUCGAGCCAAGCAACUUCUUCAGACAGAUGUGAGCCAAGGUUCAGACCCGUUUGUGAAAAUCCAGCUGGUGCAUGGACUCAAGCUUGUAAAAACAAAGAAGACAUCCUUCUUAAGAGGAACAAUUGAUCCUUUCUACAAUGAAUCCUUCAGCUUCAAAGUUCCCCAAGAAGAACUGGAAAAUGCCAGCUUAGUGUUUACAGCCAUGCCCGAGCUGCCCCCGGCUUCUCUGUGCCCACUAUUCUGGAUGGAGUUCAAAGGCCACUGCUACCGAUUUUUCCCUCUCAAUAAGACUUGGGCCGAGGCUGACUUCUACUGUUCUGAGUUCUCCAUUGGCAGGAAGUCUGCGAAACUGGCCUCCAUACACAGCUGGGAAGAGAAUGUCUUUGUGUAUGACCUUGUGAACAGCUGUGUGCCUGGGAUCCCAGCUGACAUCUGGACGGGGCUUCACGAUCACAGACAGGAAGGGCAGUUUGAAUGGACCGACGGCUCCUCCUAUGACUACAGCUACUGGGACGGAAGCCAGCCGGACGACGGCGUCCACAAGGACCCAGAAGAGGACUGCGUGCAGAUAUGGUACCGGCCCACCAGUGCUCUGAGGUCAUGGAAUGAUAACACAUGCAGCCGCAAGUUCCCCUUUGUCUGCAAGAUCGCGUCUCUGACCAUUCACUGAGCCGGUCUUGCCCCGUCAAAAGUGAGCCCAACUCCAGCACAUCAUGCGACUCUGACCAGCUGGGGAAUUCUCUUGAGGAAGCCAGUCCUCACAAACAUGCCAUGUUAGAAGAUUCCACGGCUUUCUUUUCCAACCCAAGGCUGGCCGCACAGCACUUCUUCCUAACAUCCACCGACUGUCAGGGACCUCAGCCCUGGAAGCCGAUGCAGUCCUCCCAACAACCCCACAACAGGGGCUCUGCUGAGCCUCAAGGUGAGAGGAUCGUGGGUUUGGGGCAGAUGUGUGGCUCGAUCCUCCACUGCAGCAACGUGUAACCUUGGCCAAGCUGCUUCGCCUCACCAGGCUUCCAUUUGGAAAUGCAGAUGGAAAUGCCAACAUUCCUGUGACGCUGUGAGGAUGGAGUGAGACACUCCACAAAAAGUGCUCACACAGUGGCUGGCACAUAGUAGACAGUUAAUAAACAUUCGCUGUCAUUAUGGUGAUUGGCAUUCCUGCUUCAUCAGCUAGGACAAGGACAGGACACCACCAUUUAGUAUUCAACCUGGGUGACUUUGCACCUAUUGUGAGUACCUGAGACUGUCUUUGUUGCCACAGACCUUCCUUCUGUGACAAUUUGUGAGCCCUAGGGGAUGUUCAUUCCUGUUUAUCUCCGCAAAGGAAGAAACCUUUCAAGGCACAUGGGCAGCCCUCGGGUCCUGGUCCUUUUGGCUCGUGUUAAUGUCACUGCUGCAACACUAGUGAUCCUGAGCUGACCUCUUUCCCCACUGCCAGACCACUGGUGGGGACCCAGGCACACACCUCUGCUGGAACCUGGCACCAAGGCAGCUGUCUGCUUACCUGAGACAGAGCCCCCUGGGCAGGUGCUUUCUGCAGUGAAUGAGACUAAGCACUUGGCCCACGCAAGGCCUGCUCAGUCAUGCUGUCUUCUCGGAACUCGGCCACACGUGGUGUGGACUCAUUUCUGCAUUUCGACUUGGGACACAGGCCAGAGUGGUUGGGUCCUGAGGUGUUCGUCAGUCUUGGCCACUUCCUGUGCCUGGAACACCCCCUGACACCCCCCCCCUCUUUUUUUAUUUGGCCUUCAGUGUCAAGUUUAUUAUUUGUCCCCCUGUCCUCUCUCUUAAUUUGCAGACACCAAAAGCAGAAUUACCCCUCACUCCCUCACUCCUAAGGCUCACCCUUAUACUCUUCCAUAAGCUAGGAUGGGCCCCUGGAAAAGCUAUUUUUUCUUCUAUGCAAAGGGAGCCUAGGGUCCUAUGUGAGAAUAACGCAGUGGCCUAUUAUGUAAGGAAGCACUCAAUUUCAUGGUGGACGGAGUGGGUUUUCUCUCUUUCCAGCUGGAUGGGACUAAGGAAGCACACGGAGACCAGUUGUUAGAUGUUCCAAGUUGUUUAAUAGUAACAAUAAUUAAAAUGGAAGGCCUGACAGUGAUUUACUCAUUUUUUAAGACCGAGUUCAAGAUUACUCCAAUUAUAAUGACACUAACUCUUGGCUUGCGUUCCUAUAUGCAUUCUCAAAAGAGAAAGGAAGGGACAGAGUGAGGACAGAGGUUCCCAGACUAUUACAAAUUAAUAUGCAUCUCUUGAGCAGCGUGUUAUGAGUGUGAACAUUUUUCAUCAUCUAUGGAAUAGGGAGAUGGGCAGUACACAAGGGUGAGAACCAUUGCCCUCAAAGAAACCGUCAGUUAAAUAAACUAUGCACGUGUCACUAGAACACUAUGUAGCCUUUAUGUACAGACACAAAACAUGUCUAAGGCAUAUUGUUGAGUGAUAAAGGCAAGUUGUAGAAAAAUGGAUAAAAUAUUAUAUCAUUUAUAUAUCCACAAUCUCUCCCAUCGAAUUAUACCUCAUAUUUCUAUAGACACGUGUAUCUGUAAAUAUGGCAGAAAAAAGCUGGAAAGAUGCACACAAAACUGAUAAAAUUGUGGACCUCAGAGAUGAGAGCGAUGGUCCCGUGGGAGAAUGUCAGCUUUAUCUGUAAUGUUUGAUUUCACACAGUGAUCAUAUACACGCGCAUCAUUUGUGUGGUUAAAAAUAUGUAGAUGCUUCUAAACUAUGCUAAGUUCAGCCUGUUCUCUCUCAUAACCCCUAGGGUUGGUUUGACUUGGCCACAGACCCAGGCCCAGCUGCAGUAAUUGGGACAAAACUUUGAUAUGUUUAAUAUAUUUAUUGUCAAAUACUUUCAAGAAGGUAAUACCAAUUUCCACCCCAAUCUAUGCAAAGAUGACAAAAAUAAUAACACUCAUGGCUGGUAUUGACUUUACAAAAUAAAUAAUCCUUUGAUUACCACCCACUGAGGACGAGCAUUUGAUCAUAGUGGUCUCGGCAAUCUUGACUUGGGAGGAAGGUGCCAGAUUUUCCAGUCCUCCUCAGCUGGGAAAUGGCUCCCUCCCACCACCCAGGGACUGUGUAAUUAACACCUGCCCCCCCCCACCCCCCCACCCC